GGAGUGUCUUGGUGAAGCACACUCUCCAUCAGGGUGUGAACAGUGGAUUGAAUGGCAAAGCAAAGUUGCUGAGGUGAAGCCAGAAGAACUACGCAUCAACUCUGGAGAGACGGAAGAUGCGGCCAACUUCCUUUGGCUUGUCACUAAUUCCAAGCCGUGCCCCAACUGCAAAAGCCCCAUCCAAAAGAAUGAGGGCUGUAAUCAUAUGAAGUGUUCUAAAUGCAAGUUUGAUUUUUGUUGGGUCUGUCUCGAGAGCUGGAAAAAACACUCAUCGGCAACAGGAGGAUACUUCCGGUGCAACAGAUUUGAUGCGGCAAAUAAGGCUGAUGAGAAGCUGGGAGUUCUAAUGUCAGAGGCAACUGUUCGGAAUCAUCAAAUGCAGGAACUCAAUAGAUUUAUACAUUAUUACACACGCUUUAAAAAUCACCAAAAUUCACUCAAAAUGGAAGAGCCACUAUUAAAAACUGCUAGAGAUAAGAUGGAGGUUCUAGCAACCUCCUUACCAUCACAGGAGCAACAAGGACAAGCGUCUGUGGAGAAAGGGACCAGGUUUGUGGAAGAGGGUGUUAAAGAAUUAUUAAAGGCACGGAGAGUCCUCUGUGGUUCCUAUGUGUAUGGAUAUUACCUAGAAGACAAUGGCUAUAACAAGACCAUCUUUGAGUACAUGCAGAAUGAACUAGAAGAGGUGACUGAAAAGCUUUCAGAAAUGGUAGCACGUCAGUACCUUGUAACGCCAAGAGGACAAAUUAUCGCAACAACUCUGCUCACUCGAAGACGAAGACACAAAUUUGUAAGAGCUGUGAGCAGAGGUCUCUUACCCCCAGAAACACCUCCCUCACUGCGCAAAUCACGGAAGAGGAGAUUACCGGGCCUCAUGGGGAUGGAUCCAGCUGAUGACGUGAGUCUGUUUUAUACACUGUGUCAAGUUUUUGUACAGUAUGUUACAGCUGCUCCUUUACCAUUCCUGUUUCUUUAAAGAUAUUGAUUUGUUUCACAUUAUGGUUAUGCUAUCUCUUAUUAUCUAUCUUUUUUUGUAUAUAAUAGCUGGUAACCAGUUUGUAGAGAAUUUUUAGUCUGUAUUAGUUAUAGAUCUUGCAUUAUCUAGUGUAUUGACUUCGUUAUUAAUGGCUUAAUAUGCAUUUAUAUUUCCCUCUUGUAACUUUCAUAUCUGACAUACAUGAUAUUUCCAUUAGUUUUGAUACUAUAAUAUGCUAAUUAAUGUGGUCAUAAAAAGGGUUGAGAAGGAAGAGAAUAAAGACUACAAGCCUAGUUAUAUUGAUGAAGUCAUAUUUGUUAAAAACUUAAAUUCUGGCUUGCAUUCUAGAGAGGAAGAGCGUCUGCCAUUUAGCAAUUUGAAAUACAAUAAAUUUCUUAAACAAGCAAAGUAAAACCCCAUUGGAAGGGUUGGGAAACACACAAUUACACCUUAUCUUGAUUAUAGCAAACAUGUUUGCUUCUCUGCUAUUUACAUGUUUUUAUUUGUUUGCAAUAUUGACAUUGUAUG